AUGUUCGUUUCCGACAAGCGUCCCACUGAUUUCUACAAAGACGACAACGCCAAUUCAUCCACCACCGCACGCGACAUGAUAAUCGAUGUCAGUUCCAAUGGAGCAUCCGGAAGAGAUCUACAACAGCCGCACAAUCACAAUCACCACCACCACAACAAUCACAAUCACAAUCAUCAUAAUCAUAACAUCCAGCCGCAACAGAUUCUCCUCGGAGAAAGCAGCGGCGAGGAUCACGAAGUGAAAGCUCCGAAGAAACGAGCAGAGACAUGGGUCCAAGACGAGACUCGCAUCCUGAUCAUGUUCCGGCGAGGUAUGGACGGACUCUUCAACACCUCCAAAUCCAAUAAGCAUCUCUGGGAACAGAUUUCGUCCAAGAUGAGAGAGAAAGGCUUCGAUCGGUCUCCGACUAUGUGUACCGAUAAGUGGAGGAAUCUGCUCAAGGAGUUUAAGAAGGCCAAGCAUCACGACAGAGGGAAUGGAUCGGCGAAGAUGUCUUAUUACAAGGAGAUUGAAGAGAUUCUUAGGGAGAGGAGCAAGAAAGUUACGACGGCGGCACAUUAUAGCAAGAGCCCUAAUACACCCACUGCUAAAGUUGAUUCCUUUAUGCAAUUUGCUGAUAAAGGUUUUGAUGAUACAAGCAUAUCCUUUGGAUCCGUUGAAGCUAAUGGGAGGCCAGCUUUAAACCUAGAAAGGCGUCUUGAUCAUGAUGGUCAUCCUCUUGCGAUCACUGCAGUUGAUGCUGUUACAGCAAAUGGAGUUCCUCCUUGGAAUUGGAGAGAGACUCCUGGAAACGGUGGUGAUGGUAAUGGCCAGCCUUUUGGUGGGAGGGUCAUAACAGUUAAAUUUGGCGACUAUACAAGAAGAAUAGGUGUUGAUGGUACUGCUGAAGCAAUCAAAGAGACGAUAAGAUCCGCUUUCGGGUUAAGAACUCGACGGGCGUUUUGGUUAGAAGAUGAAGAUCAGGUGGUUCGUUGUCUUGAUCGAGACAUGCCCUUAGGGAACUAUCUACUCCAUGUUGAUGAUGGACUGGCGAUUAGAGUUUGCCAUUAUGAUGAAUCAAACCAGUUACCAGUCCAUACAGAAGAGAAGAUCUUCUACACGGAAGAAGACUACCGCGAGUUUCUGGCUCGACGGGGAUGGACAUGCUUGCAGGUUGAUGGUUUUAGGAACAUAGACAACAUGGAUGAUCUUCAACCUGGUGCCGUGUACCGAGGAGUGAGAUGA